AUGAAGAUUUUAAUCGUUGCGCUUGUCUGUCUGCAGCUCUCGGAGGGGCUUGUAAGAGUCCCUCUGACCAAGGGCAAGUCAAUAAGGCAGAAUAUGCGAGAAGCCGGAGUUCUGCACAAGUACCUGCAGACACAUAAGAUCGAUCUGUCUGAUAGAUACCAAGGAUAUGCUGUUGCUUCUGAAUCUAUGUAUUUUGAUACAUAUUAUUAUGGACCAAUAAGCAUUGGAACUCCUCCCCAGAAUUUCCUGGUCCUGUUUGACACUGGCUCAUCUAAUCUCUGGGUUCCCUCAACCUAUUGCCAAAGCUCAGCCUGCACAAACCAUCAUGUGUUUAAUCCCAGUCAGUCCUCCACCUACACUUCCAAUGGACAGCGUUUCACCAUGGGAUACGGAGGCGGAAAUGUAGCCAGCAGUGUCACCGGAGUAUUUGGUUAUGAUACUGUAACUGUCCAAGGAAUUUCCAUCACCAACCAAGAAAUAGGUCUGACAAUUACUGAGCCCAGCUCCAACUUCUACUACUCUCCAUUCGAUGGAAUCUUGGGACUUGCCUAUCCAGGCCUGUCUGUUGGAGGAGCUACCACUGUGAUGCAGGGAAUGCUGCAGGAGAAUGUGUUGACUCAGCAAAUUUUCAGUGUCUAUCUGGGCAGCCAAUCAGGUGAAGUCAUUUUUGGAGGCGUUGACCAAACCAAGUACACUGGCCAAAUCUACUGGGCACCUCUUUCACAGGAACUCUACUGGCAGAUCCCACUUCAAGAUUUUUCCAUUAAUGGACAAGCAACUGGCUGGUGUAGUGGAGGCUGCCAGGCUAUCGUAGACACUGGAACCACUCAGCUCAAUAUCCCAGAGCCAUACAUGGGACAGCUGCUGCCAUACCUUGGUAUUCAACAGACACAGAACGGAGGAUACAAUGUGAACUGCAACAAUCUUCAGAGUAUGCCAACUCUCAGCUUCACCAUCAAUGGAGUUUCUCUGCCAUUGCCUCCAUCUGCUUACAUUAUACAGGAAAAUGGAUACUGCUAUGCCAACUUCUUGAGCAUCAGCCUGCCUGCUCAAAAUGGUGACCCACUGUGGAUUCUGGGAGAUGUCUUCCUGAGGCAAUAUUACUCCAUUUACGACUUUGGAAACAGCCGUGUAGGCUUUGCUUCAGUGGCAUAA